GUUGGCUCGUUGUUGGCUCCGGCUCUGACAACGUUUCUUUUGGGCUAAUACAAAUCCCAAUAACAAGCUCUGCCUGUAAUCUUUUAAGUUAUCUAUCGUUCGGUAUACGGUAUACGGUUUUCGGUCAUUGGCGCGUUCGAACGAGUUAAGUGGUUGCCAUUUGCCAACUGCGAGUUACAGUUAUUACUGCCGUUAAGCCUUUCGUUCGUGGCCAAAAUAGGCACGUUAUCGCUUUGGGUUUCGCUUCAAUGUUGUGCUUUGUAUUGCCUGCGUUAUGCUAAUUACCGAAAGGAUUCAAAUCGUUGCGUACAUUAUCGGUUACAAUCUCUUUGGCAAGACGACAUCUCACGUUUGUUAAAAAUCAAAUUAAAUCAAUCCAAAAUUAUCCUCAACGCACAAGUGUUUUAAUCAAUUGAUACACUCACACACACAAACGCACACAACAAAAUAUAUAUAUUUAUUUUUAUCAAUUUGCAAACGUGCCAAAUAUAAUUUAAUAAUCCUAAUCUAUUUAUUCUGAUUAACAAAGAGCUAAUAAGUUUAACUAUAAAUUAUUAAGUCGUAAUUUUAAAUACAAACAACAAAAGCAAACGCGUCGCGUAUAUAUCACAACAAAUAGAAAGAGAGACACAGGGAGAGAAGUUUGCUUAAAAAUGAAUAAGCAACGACUUCUACUUAGUUUAAUUUUAUGGUGCCUUAGCGCUCCCAGCUUCACGCUACGCAUACCCGAGGACCUGGAGAAUGGCGCCAUCAACGCGCUUAGCUCAGAACGGGCUCGAUCUGUUACGCCUUGUGGCGAGGCGAGUGCCGUUGAUGACUACGAUGUCUGCCCGCCGAGCAAAUACCGUCAGCCAACGGCUGAGUGCAACAAUGUGUCGCAUAGGAAAUGGGGAGCACGUGGCGAUGUCUUCCAGCGAUUGUUGCAGGCGGACUAUGCCGAUGGCGUCAGUCAACCCCGCAGCUCGAGCGGCACACAUGCCCUGCCCGAUGCGGAGCUGGUGAUUGAACAGCUGCAACGUCAUGUGGAGAGCGAACUUCGUCACGAUCAUAUCACUGCCAUGUUGCCAGCCUGGGGACAGUUGCUGGCCAACGAUCUGUACGAGGUCGGACAGCUGCCCAUCAGUGGCAAGUGCUGCCAACGGGAGGCCAAUGUCAAAGAUCCCAGCGAGCUGCAGCAAUGCUUUGUGCGUGCUGGUCCUGACUGCAAGGAAUACAAGCGCUCCGCACCCGGAUUCGAUACCGAAGUCUGCCAGAAACAUGUUCGCGAGCAGAUGAACGUUGGAUCGGCCUACAUUGAUGGCUCCGGUUUGUAUGGCGGCACCCGCCACGAGUUCGAUCAACUGCGCACCUACCUCAGUGGAGGAGUAAGAGUGGAGUCUUGUCGCUAUUGCCAGGUGGCUGGGGCAACGGGUGCACUGCAUCGGGCGCUGUUGCAGCAACACAACAACAUUGGCGAACAGCUGGCGCACAUCAAUCCGGAAUGGUCCGAGGAGGAUGUCUUCCUGGAGGCUAGACGCAUCAUUACCGCCACCAUACAGCACAUUACCUACAACGAAUUCUUGCCAUUGGUGUUGGGCCAAGAGACGACAGCCAAGGAGGGUCUAAGACUAACCGCCGAGAAGCAUUCCACCAACUAUUCUAGCUCCAUUCGCGCUGGCAUCUACAAUGAGUUCGCCACCAGCGCCAUGCCUGCCUUCUGGAGCAUGUAUCCCCCCGAGAUGCUCUCCCAAAAGAGUUCCGCCCAUGAGCUCCUCUCGAUUGCCGCCCUGCAGAAGUCCCUUGUGCCCAGCCAGACGAAUGAUGAAGGCUGGUCCGAGCUUGCUCUGGCUGUGCAUCGUGGUCGUGAUCAUGGCAUUGCCUCCUAUGUUCAUGCUUUGGAUAUUUGUGAUCGUCGUUUCAGUCAAAGCGGCGCCUUCAAUGUGACCUUUGACAACCUGGGUCAGCUGACCAAGAUUCCCGAAGAGCACGUGACCACUUUGCGUGACAUCUAUCAGAACGCUGAGGACAUUGAUUUGCUGGUCGGUGCCUUGAUGGAGGAGCCCGUGGUGGGUGCCUUGUUUGGACCCACCAUUAGCUGCCUGUUGGCCCAACAAUUUGAGCUGCUCAAGCAAACCGAUCGCUUUUGGUAUGAGAAUGAGAUUCCACCUUCAUCCUUCAGCCUUGAUCAGCUAAAGAGCAUUCGCCAGACGACGCUGUCGGGAUUGCUUUGUGGCUCCAAUCAAGUGGAGACUGCCCAGUCCAAGGCCUUCAUUCGCGAGGAUAACUAUCUCAACUCAGUUUUGGACUGCGCCCAGCUACCCAAAUUCGAUCUGCGUCCGUGGAAGGUAAAUGGCGAGGAGGAAAUUCACUUGGAGCAUGUUGAAGUGGAACCUGAUACCAAGGACGCCAUUAGCGAGCUGAGUCCUGAGCUGAUUGAGGCUGCCGUUGAGCGCGCCAAGCAGGAAUUGGAGGAACGCAAACGUUUCGAAUACGAGGUGUGGCGUGCACAGGGUGGUAUUAGUGCCCGUUCUCCUGAUGGUACCGCUGCCUCCUUUAGCAAGGCCAAUCCGGCUGCUUUGAGCCUGGCCAACUCGUCGCUGAUCUUUGAGCUGGCGUCAAAUGAGAUUGUCAAGUCGUUGAACACUAUCACGCGUCGCAAGCGACAGAUCUUCAAUCCCAACCAGAAUGCCUUCAAUCGCAACGAACUGACUGAUACCCUACAAACUGUAGACAUUAGUGCUUUGAUUGGCGGCAACCAACAGCCUCUGGAUCAUUGCCCUGACCCAAGUCAACAGUGUGAUGUCAACUCUCCAUUCCGUACGCUCUCGGGACGUUGCAACAAUCUGAGGAACCCCAACUGGGGCAAGGCCUUGACCACCUUCUCCCGCCUUUUGCCUGCUCAAUAUGAGGAUGGAAUCUCUGCUCCCAGAGUGACGGGAGUAACUGGAACUCCUUUACCCAAUCCUCGUACCAUUUCAACGACAAUCCAUCCUGAUAUUUCCAAUCUGCAUACUCGCUACUCCUUGAUGGUCAUGCAGUUCGCCCAAUUUGUGGAUCACGAUCUGACAUUGACGCCUAUUCACAAGGGUUUCCAUGAGUCCAUUCCCAGCUGUCGUUCCUGCAACUCCCGCCAGACUGUCCAUCCCGAGUGCAAUCCCUUCCCCGUGCCAACCGGUGAUUUCUUUUAUCCCGAGGUGAAUGUGACGAGUGGCGAGCGUUUGUGCUUCCCCUCGAUGAGAUCCCUGCCUGGUCAACAGUCGCUGGGUCCACGUGAUCAGGUCAAUCAGAAUACUCACUUCCUCGACGCUUCCAUGAUCUAUGGUGAGAAUGUAUGUCUGUCAGCGAAACUACGUGGCUUCUCUGGUCGCCUGAACAGCACAGUGCAUCCCAUCCGUGGCAAGGAGCUGCUGCCACAGAGUGCCACACAUCCCGAGUGCAAAUCCCGCAAUGGACUCUGCUUUAUUGCUGGAGAUGAUCGUGCCUCCGAGCAGCCAGGUUUGACCGCCAUCCACACCAAUUUCCUGCGUGAACACAAUCGCAUCGUUGAAGGUCUGCGUGGUGUGAAUCCUCAUUGGAAUGGUGAGCAAUUGUUCCAUCACGCUCGUCGCAUUGUCAGUGCCCAGGUGCAGCACACGGUGUUCAAUGAGUUCCUGCCCCGUAUUCUCAGCUGGAAUGCUGUCAAUCUUUAUGGACUGAAGCUGUUGCCCCAGGGCUACUACAAGGAUUACAAUCCAUCCUGCAGUCCCAUUGUGUUCAAUGAGUUUGCUGCCGCUGCCUUCCGCAUUGGACACUCGCUGCUCCGUCCACAUAUUCCUCGUCUUAGUGUCCAGCAUCAGCCUGUGGAUCCACCCCUGCUGCUCCGUGAUGGCUUCUUCCGCAUGGACGCCAUGCUGCAACCUGGCAUUACCGAUGAAAUUCUGCGUGGCUUGGUUGCCACUCCCAUGGAAACAUUGGAUCAGUUUAUCACCGGCGAGGUGACGAAUCAUUUGUUUGAGGAUCGCAAAAUUCCCUUCUCUGGCAUCGAUCUGAUCGCUCUGAAUAUUCAGCGUGCUCGUGAUCAUGGCAUUCCUUCCUACAACAAUUAUCGCGCCCUUUGCAAUCUGAAACGUGCUACGACCUGGAGCGAUCUGAGCCGUGAAAUACCCACCGAAGUCAUCAAUCGUUUCCAGAAGGUCUAUGCCAGCGUUGACGACAUUGAUCUAUUCCCCGGCGCCAUGACAGAGCGUCCCCUUCAAGGUGGCCUUGUUGGCCCCACUUUGGCCUGUAUUAUUGGCAUUCAAUUCAGGCAACUGCGUAAAUGCGAUCGUUUCUGGUAUGAGAAUCAGAAUCCCGAAGUUAAAUUUACCGAAGCUCAGCUGGCUGAGAUACGCAAGGUUACCCUGGCCAAGAUCGUCUGUGAGAAUCUGGAACUCCCUGGCGAUAUGCAGCGUGCUGCCUUCGAUUUACCCAGCAAUUUCCUUAAUCCACGCGUGCCCUGUCAGUCCAUGCCACAGAUCGAUUUGAAUGCUUGGCGCGAAAAUGUCCAGGGUUGCCAGAUUGGCAAUCGCAAUGUGCGCGUCGGCGAAUCCGCCUUCCCCUCACCAUGCACCAGCUGCGUCUGCUCCGCUGAAGGCGCCCAGUGCGCUUCAUUGCGCAUCACCGACUGUGGCCAGCUGAUCCGCCAGUGGCCCAAGGAAGCUAUCCUCCGUGAUGAGGUCUGCAACUCGCAGUGUGGCAUCUACUUGACCGGGCAACAGGCAACCGGAUUCAGUCCACAACAGCGUCAGGGUCAUUCCCAACCGCGUGUAACCCGUUCUCGCAAUCAAAACCUGUUCAAGUUCCCCGACUUGACACCGUUCAUUGCAUCAUUGUAAAUGAUGUGUCCAGAGAAAGAAAGAAAGAAAGAGAAAGCAGGCUUUCGUAUCGUAAAUACCAUUUUGUAAAUAACUUUUGCGUUCUUUACAUUAGUUUUCUACUUAUUUUGUUCGCUUACCUGAAGACUAUUUCAAUGCAUCCUUAAAUGUAUCUUAUAAAACCCAUGCAAACUGUUUUAUAAAUCGAAACACGAUUCCAUCUUGAAUCAAUCAAUUACCAGCUGCUACUAGUUGUAAGUCCUUGUUCUUGUUUCAGCACUACUCAAAUUAGUACUUAUGAUGUAUUUCUAUCCUUAGUUAAGCGACAACUAAUUACAUAAUUAGCAUUUUUAUCUAUAUAUAUGUCUGUAAUGUAUUUUUUUACUUAAACCUUAUGAAUGUACAAUAAAUACAUGCAAUUAUAUGUACCUAAUAAAUAAAUAAUAUAAAA